CCGCCGCCCAGGCCUUCCGCCUCAACAACCCCGGGGCCACGGUGUUCACCGAGGACUGCAACGUGCUGCUCAAGCUGGUGAUGGGGGGCGAGAGGACCAACUCGCUGGGCCAGAAGCUGCCCCAGAAGGGGGACGUGGAGAUGCUGUGCGGGGGCCCCCCCUGCCAGGGCUUCAGCGGCAUGAACCGCUUCAACUCCCGCACCUACUCCAAGUUCAAGAACUCCCUCGUCGUCUCCUUCCUCAGUUACUGUGAUUAUUACCGGCCCCGCUUCUUCCUGCUGGAAAACGUCCGGAAUUUCGUGUCCUUCAAGCGUUCCAUGGUGCUCAAACUCACCCUGCGCUGCCUCGUCCGCAUGGGCUACCAGUGCACCUUCGGGGUGCUGCAGGCCGGGCAGUACGGGGUGGCCCAGACCCGCCGCCGGGCCAUCGUGCUGGCUGCGGCCCCCGGGGAGAAGCUGCCGAUGUUCCCCGAGCCCCUGCACGUCUUCGCCCCCCGCGCCUGCAAGCUCAGCGUGGUGGUGGACGACAAGAAGUUCGUCAGCAACAUCACCAGGACAUAUUCCGGGCCUUUCCGCACCAUCACGGUGCGGGACACGAUGUCGGACCUGCCCGAGAUCCGCAACGGGGCCUCGGCCCUGGAGAUCUCCUACAACGGGGAGCCCCAGUCCUGGUUCCAGCGGCAGAUCCGCGGCUCCCAGUACCAGCCCAUCCUCAGGGACCACAUCUGCAAGGACAUGAGCGCGCUGGUGGCGGCGCGGAUGCGGCACAUCCCGCUGGCUCCUGGCUCCGACUGGAGGGACCUGCCCAACAUCGAGGUGCGCCUGUCGGACGGCACCAGCACCCGCAAGCUGCGCUACACCCACCACGAGAGGAAGAACGGCCGCAGCAGCUCCGGCGCCCUGCGCGGCGUCUGCUCCUGCGCAGAGGGCAAGCCGUGCGACCCGGCCGACCGGCAGUUCAACACCCUCAUCCCCUGGUGCCUCCCCCACACCGGCAACCGGCACAACCACUGGGCGGGGCUCUACGGCCGCCUGGAGUGGGACGGCUUCUUCAGCACCACCGUCACCAACCCCGAGCCCAUGGGCAAGCAG